AUGACACUUAACGUUGAUCUACCCAGCAAGCCGUUGUUUUCGCUCAUUGACCAUGACGGGCGCGCAGUCAGUACUGCCGACUUCUACGGCAAGCAUCUACUUGUUUUCUUCGGCUUUACCAACUGCCAGCUUGUUUGCCCCCGCGCCCUUGAACGUCUGACGGAAGCCGUUAACCGGCUUGGACCGGCUGCAAGCCGCGUGGUUCCUCUUUAUAUAUCGGUCGACCCGGAGCGUGACAGUCCUGACGUCAUGAAGGAGUUCCUGGCAGAUCGGGCACCAGUCUUCACAGGACUGACUGGCACGAAAGAACAAGUCAAUUCUGCUAGAGACGCUUUUCGGGUGUUCGCUAAGCGCAGAGAUGACGACAACGCUCCAGGAGGUUACUCUAUUCCACACACCGCAAUUACUUAUGUAGUCGGUCCAGACGGUCGCCUAUUGGAUCAUCUAAUGGAUAGUGUUGAUGCAUCAGGGGUUGUUGAGCGAAUGUGGAAAAUACUGGCUCAGAACUUGGACCAGCCAAACACCCACGAGCUUGACAAUGAGCUGGCUACCGAUUCGACGAAAGAAACUGUUUCCAAAGGGCUGAAUGGCAAUAAACAGGAAAGCCUUGACCUGUUGGACAAAAAGCAGGUUACAAGCAUCAGACACAUUGGAAAUCUUGCCCGACAACUCAAGGGCGACUGGUCGAACAUGAUGGGCCCUUCUGAUCUCAAUGAUGGGUUUGGCGCCUAUCGAUUCCAGCUGGCUUAUGCUGCCUACAGUCUCGCGCUCGCACAUUUUCAUCGUCUACCAGCCGCUCCUGGUCUGUUCAAGCCGACAUUUGAACGCAUGAUUGAGAAGAUGUGUCACCCUGAUGUUUGGUACUACUGGCGGGAUGCUAGCACCGGAGGAGGUCCUGCUCAAACGCCGAGGAGCGAGGGGAGCGUGAACCCCGUCGAAAAAGACAACAUCAUGUACAGCGCGUACCUGCAGACCAUGACACUCCUGUUCAACAGCCUGUUCGAUGACGACCGCUAUACGAACCCCGGAGCAUUGACGUUGAAGUACGAGCCGUACUUUUGGGGAGAGACCGAGGGCUUCCGCUUUGAAUAUGAUCAAAACUCGCUAAACAAGGUGGUUUACUGGAAUAUGGUUGAACACGGGUUCUUGGGUGUGCCUUGCGAGCCCUACUGUGUCUUCCAGAUAUGCAACCAGCCUCCAAUCAUAGGCUUCCGAUUGCAUGACGAACUCAACGGAGGCAAUACCGCGAAUGAGGCGACGGCAGGUUACAUCAAGGCGUGGGAAGAUUAUGGAGGCAGCCUCGACGAGAAAGGAGACUUCAAAUUGUUCGUGACGCUGCAUGAACCGCACAUCAUCCCAAGCCCAGGGCCUGGGAUGGAUGCGUGGUGCGCUACGCUGAUGCACUCGUGGAACCCCGACUUCGUCAACGAAAACUAUAAGCGCCAGAGAGACAAGUGGCUGGUCCACCAUGAAGACGGCACACUAUCAGUCAAGGUGAACUUGGCAGCGGCCAUGUCCCUAAAUACCACACGGCUUUUGAAGAGCGGAGAGUUCGGUUGGGUGGCUGCUCUCGCUGCAGAAAUGGGUGACAAGGACACAUUGAACAGGUUGCUCGCCUACGCCGACAAGAACUUCUCGCCUGGGCUACAGAACGGCGGCCUCACGUAUCCGCGAAACGAUUCCAUGUUCGAUGAAAACGGUCGCUACAUCCUAAGUCCGCCCAUCCAAGCCAACGCACUCUUGCCGCUUGCCCGACUCAACGUGCCAAAUGGGUUCCAACGGCUGUAUUCGCAGCCGUGGUCCCCGAGGAACAAGGCGCAUUAUAAGGAGCCUGCUUUGACAGAAGUUGACUUUUCGAUUGAUGUUUACCGCGCCGUGUACAUGUCGUCACGGCCCGCGUUGCUUUUUGACCUUGCCGUGUACGAGACAAACACCAGCGGCUCUGUCGUCCUGUCGAGAGUUUUCGGACGAGGACCGUGGGUCUUGAAACGUGACGGGUGCGAUAUUGCCUGGGGAGACGGUGCGAAAAUGACAGGCUGCGGAGCACAAGUAGAAGUCGAGCAGGAGGGCGAGGCGCUGCGAAUUGUUAUAUCUGAUGUCAAGGUAGUUUCGUUCGUUAUGGAGUGGUCUUUGUGA